AUACCCUUUUUCCUCGUUUCGGUUUUGUUUUUUUUCCCCAUUUUCUUUCACCUAUCGCCUUUUAUUUUCUCUCCGUAGAAAGUGAGAGAAAAUUUUUAUUGAGCUUAAAAAAAAAUAAAAAAAAAAGAAGCAAAAUUAUGGAGGAAAAGCAUGUAGCUUUCGAAUCGAACACCAACGAGGAGCAAGAAAACAACAACAACAACAAUCCCACAAUCGCUCACGGGAACAGUAACGGAAGCAGUGGUGGUGGUGACCAUGGAUGGCAGAAGGUGACGUAUGCAAAGCGUCAGAGGAAAAUCAAACCCUCUGCGACUUCAUCAGAUUCCGUUUCGAAUCGCAAUAAACUUGUCGGAAAUGGUGCCGUCGACGGCGCAGAUAACGUUUUCCGAUCGCUGGAACAGCAAUCUGAGGACCGACGCCGGAGAAUUCUCGAAGCUCAGAGGACCGCCGCCGCCAAUGACGUCGCUUCCGCUGUUAGUGCUGCGGUCAGAUCGAAGCACCGGUCGGAUUAUGAUGACGACGAGGAUAGCGAGACGGAAGCCGUUGUAGAGAAUGGGAAGGUCGAGGAGGAGAAGAAGGUGAAACAGAAGAAGCCGAAGAAACCUAAGGUUACGGUGGCUGAGGCGGCGGCGAAGAUCGAUGCGAACGAUCUCUCGGCCUUUCUCGUUGAUAUAUCGACAUCGUACGAAUCGCAACAAGAUAUACAGCUGAUGCGGUUCGCCGAUUAUUUCGGCCGAGCAUUCUCGGCGGUGAGCGCUGCUCAGUUUCCUUGGGUGAAGAUGUUUAGGGAGUCAUCAGUGGCCAAGAUUGCGGAUAUCCCUCUGUCCCAUAUAUCUGAUGCUGUUUAUAAGACUGCAGUUGACUGGGUCAACCGGCACUCCCUUGAGGCACUUGUAUCUUUUGUAUUAUGGUGUUUAGAAAGCAUACUCACUGACCUUUCAAGCCAGCAAGCUAGUGCCAAAGGCUCUAAAAAGGGUGUACAACAUGUGUCAUCAAAAUCUCAGGUUGCAAUGUUUGUUGUAAUAGCAAUGGUGUUGCGAAGAAAACCUGAUGUCUUAGCUCAUUUAGUGCCAACAUUGAGAGAAGAUUCAAAGUAUCAAGGACAAGAUAAGCUUCCAGUUAUUGUGUGGAUGGUAGUUCAGGCCUCUCAGGGAGAUUUGGCUGUAGGAUUGUAUGCAUGGUCACGCAAUCUCUUGCCUUUGGUCAGUGGUAAAGGUAGCAAUCCUCAGUCCAGAGAUCUGGUUUUACAGCUAGUUGAGAGGAUUUUGUCAGCCCCAAAAGCGCGCACCAUUUUGGUAAAUGGUGCUGUCAGGAAGGGGGAGCGUUUGGUGCCACCACCUGCAUUUGAGACACUAGUUCGAGCCACCUUCCCCGCAUCUUCAGCCAGAGUAAAGGCUACAGAGAGGUUUGAGGUCGUAUAUCCCACCCUAAAAGAGGUGGCUCUGGCUGGCUCCCUAGGAAGCAAAGCAAUGAAACAAGUUUCACAGCAGAUACUAAGUUUUGCUAUUAAAGCAGCUGGUGAAAGCAUUCCUGAGUUAGCCAAUGAAGCAUCUGAAAUUUUUAUUUGGUGCUUGACCCAAAAUGCUGAUUGUUACAAGCAGUGGGACAAGAUUUAUCAGAACAACCUAGAAGCAAGUGUAUCUGUUCUGAAGAAGCUUACUGAGCAAUGGAAAGACCUAUCAGGAAAACUGACCCCUGUUGAUCCCUUGAGGGAAACAUUGAAGAGUUUUAGGCACAAGAAUGAGAGGGCAUUAGCUGGUGGGGCUGAUUCUGCUGCUGCUGCUCAACAAGCACUCCUCAAGGAUGCAGACAAGUAUUGCAAAGGGCUAUUGGGAAAGGUAUCGCGUGGAAAUGGGUGCUUGAAAAGCAUGGCUUUUGUUAUCGUUGCUCUGGGUGUUGGUGCUGCUGUCUUGUCGCCAAACAUGGAGUCUUGGGAUUUUAAGAAACUGUCUGUGGCGUUCAGUACUCUGAAGUCAUUUUGAAGCAGUGAUUUUAACCAUAUAUAUUAGGAGAGACACCAGUGAGCGUUGCAAGGUAUCGGUUUGUUUCUCUUGCAGUUUCUAGCAGGGGCAGAGUUAGAACCUAUUUUGCCCCCUCUAAUAAGGUUUGGCAGAGAGAACGAGAAGUUGUUUUAUACCUUCCCCCCCCCCCCCCCCCCCCCCUUAAAUUUUAGUGCUUAAUCCAGCUUGAAGGUUUUCAUUACGUUUCGAGCCGUUUAGGACUUUUUUUUAAAAUUUUUUAAUUGUUUCUGUACUUUUUGAUCUCUUUUCGAAGUCCCUUAAGUUAUUCACCUUCACAUCUACACUACCCGGUAAAACAUAAAAGAGAUCGAUACAAUUGUAGUUGUGGGAUUAGUAUUUAAAUCCAAAAGGAAUGUUAUGAUAA